AUGGCGGCGGGGCGGGCGCGGGUGUCCCGCCUGCUGCGGCAGCUGGAGCGGGCAGCUUGUCGGUGCCCGAGCCAUGGCCACACUUAUUCCCAAGUCCCUGAACGGCCCACCCUGGGGAAUACAGACUAUGCAUUUGAGAUGGCCAUUUCAAACAUCCGAUAUGGAGAAGGAGUUACAAAAGAGAUUGGCAUGGACCUGCAAAAUCUUGGCGCUAGAAGAGUUUGUUUGAUGACAGAUAAAAACCUCUCCAGGCUCCCUCCUGUAAAUGCAGUAUUGAAUUCCUUGGCAAAAUAUGGUAUAAACUUUCAAAUGUAUGAUAAUGUCCGUGUGGAGCCAACAGACCAAAGUUUCCUGGAUGCCAUUCAAUUUGCUAAAAAGGGAGAGUUUGAUGCCUAUGUUGCUGUUGGAGGUGGGUCUGUAAUGGACACCUGUAAAGCUGCCAACCUGUAUGCAGCCAGCCCUUCAUCAGAAUUCCUGGAUUAUGUCAAUGCUCCUAUUGGGAAAGGGAAGCCUGUCACUGUGCCCCUCAAGCCACUUAUUGCAGUUCCUACAACAUCUGGCACUGGAAGUGAAACCACUGGUGUUGCCAUUUUUGACUUCAAAGAACUAAAAGUUAAAACUGGUAUUGCUUCAAGAGCCAUUAAGCCAACAUUAGGCAUCAUUGAUCCUUUACACACACUGUCUAUGCCUGAACGAAUCGUGGCCAACUGUGGCUUUGAUGUACUUUGCCAUGCCCUGGAAUCAUACACUGCUCUCCCUUACAACAAGCGCAGCCCCUGCCCUUCCAACCCCGUGGACCGCCCAGCCUACCAAGGCAGCAACCCCGUCAGCGAUGUCUGGGCUCUGCACGCUCUGCGCGUCGUCGCUAAAUAUCUCAAAAGAGCCAUCAGAAACCCUGAAGACCGUGAAGCAAGAGCCAACAUGCACCUGGCAAGUGCUUUUGCUGGUAUUGGCUUUGGCAAUGCUGGUGUUCAUCUCUGCCAUGGAAUGUCUUACCCUAUUUCUGGUUUGGUGAAAACUUAUAAACCAAAGGAUUAUAAUGUGGAUCACUCUUUAGUGCCACAUGGCCUUUCUGUGGUGCUGACAUCCCCAGCAGUGUUUGCUUUCACAGCACAGAUACAUCCUGAGCGGCAUUUAGAAGUUGCAGAGAUUCUAGGAGCUGACAUCCGCACUGCCAGAAUCAAAGAUGCGGGGCUUAUUUUGGCAGACACACUCCGGAAAUUCCUAUUUGAUCUGAAUGUUGAUGAUGGCUUAGCUGCAAUUGGUUAUUCCAAAGCAGACAUCCCUGCAUUAGUCAAAGGCACUCUGCCUCAGGAGAGAGUGACUAAACUAUCACCACGUCCCCAAACAGAAGAAGACUUAUCUGCUCUCUUUGAGGCUUCCAUGAAACUUUUUUAG